CUGCCUCUUUGCAACAUGUCGGGCUUGCUGAAGCUAGACAAUGCGCUCAGGACCAAGCCCCCCCCGCCAACAAAGCAAGCUCUUCAUUGCUAACCAGGCACCUGUUCAUGGAACUAAAUCUGAUACUGUGGAUGCUUUCAGGGAGCGAAUGACUGCUGAAGCAGAAGACUUGGUUGCAAGUUUCUUUCCAAAGAAGUUAUUGGAACUAGAUGGUUUUCUAAAGGAACCCCUCUUGAAUGUUUCAGAUUUGGCUACUAUUCAUUCAGACCUCAAUUUGCCAGUGCCAGAACCUAUAAUGCUGACCAACAGCCAUGAUGGCUUGGAUAGCGCACGCAACAUUAAGAAGAGAAAACUGGAAGAUGGCGAAAGUAAUUGUCCAGGAACAAAGGUGUUUGUAAUUCCAAAUGGAAUGCUGAAGAGUAACCAGCAGCUGGUUGAGAUGAUUGAGAAAAUUAAACCAGAAAUCAGGACACUCAUGGAGAAGUGUAACACAGUUAAAAUGUGGGUUCAGCUACUGAUACCAAGGAUAGAAGAUGGCAACAACUUUGGCGUUUCUAUUCAGGAAGAAACUGUUGCAGAACUUCGAACAGUUGAAAGUGAAGCUGCUUCAUACUUGGAUCAGAUCUCCCGAUACUACAUAACAAGAGCAAAAUUGGUGUCCAAAGUAGCUAAGUAUCCCCAUGUGGAAGAUUACCGUCGCACAGUGUCUGAAAUUGACGAAAAGGAAUACAUCAGCCUUCGGUUAAUUGUUUCUGAACUGAGAAACCAAUAUGUAACAUUACACGACAUGAUCAUCAAAAACAUUGAGAAAAUCAAACGACCCAGGAAUAGCAACACAGAUGCAUUGUACUAAUUGGUGUGCUUUGUGAAUUGGAAUCCAACCUUUAUAACCCCAAAUAUAAGACCGUGAUUGCCUUGGCUUUGUUACGUGAGAUUGGUCUUGUUGAGAUGGGAAGAAUUGGAGUGAAGAAUGAAGCACAGUGUUUGUUGCGUUUUAGUGGAAUAGCUGAAAAGGGAUUUCCAUUCAUCUUUUCUUUUUAUGAUGUACAGAGGUUUUUAACCUUCAGGAAUUCUUUCCCAUUUUGCUUGACAAAUCUCUUUGUAAUGUACAGUAUUACUGGUCUUAGCAAAGAAUUCGGUUUAGAAGUAAGUCUUAUUUCGAAAUAUGGUAUUUUUCCAUUUCUUUCACAUCCUUCCGUCAUUAAAAAAGAUGAAAGAUGACGUACAAAUUAUCCUGUAAAUGCUGAAUGUUAGUCAUGCACGACUUUUACAUAUAGGCAAAUGCCCACAGGACACCAGGCACAGGUUUGAAGGUUGCAAAUUGUAGAAAGGAGCACCUAUUGCACCAAGUUAUAUGGUACACUUACUGACUGUUCUGUUUCCUUUCCCUGAUCACCAGUGGACAUUUUUUUAAAGAGAAGUAUUUGAAAAUGUUCUUUUAAAAUAAAAAGUUGUGCUGUAUGUGUAGUGUGAGCCUCCAAAGUGGGGAUAAAUGAAGUUAUAAAUUCUACGUAAAUUACGUAUUGCUAUGAUUUUUCUAAUUGCCCUAAAUUAGGAUACUGAGCAUUGGUUUCUCCAGUUUAACUUUUUCAGCUUCCUUUUUCUUGUGAAGUCGCUCGCAAUUUUUAAACCCCAUUUCUGCACUUUGCUAUGUAUUUGUCCAUUCACUUCUUUUUCUUGCGUAGGUUGAGAAUGUUGAGCCCAUUAGUCAAGAGCUUUUAGUGGGUGGACUGCACAUUUACUGAUGAGCCCAACUUUCAGACCAUGACGAUGACUACAAAAUUAUCUAAGACCUAAUAAAACAUUCCUCUGAGACAAUGUGUGUUGGGCUCUCUGUCUGAUGUAUGCAGUUGCUUGCAUAUUGUAAUCUGGUUAUCUUGCACACAACGCAGUUUACAGGAGCACUGUGCUGAGAACAGUGGAACAAAAUGUGAUGGCAAUGGUUUUAUUACAUCCGUACAUUGUGGAAACAGGCCAUUUGGUCCACUAAGUCCACACUGACUGCCUGAAGGGUAUCUCACCCAGACCCAGACCCAUCCCCUUACCCCAUUCCUGCAUUUCCCAUGGCUAACUCACCUACACAUCCCUGAGCACUGUGGAUAAUUUAACAUGUCCAACCCCCCCUAAUUUGCACAUCUUUGGACUGUGGGAGGAAACCCACACACACACGGGGAGAAUGUACAGCCUCCUCACAGACAGGCACCCAAGGGUGGGAUCGAACUCUGAGGUAGCAGUGCUAACCACUGCCAAACACCAUGCUCCCCAUGGUGCUUUCAUGCAAAUUGAAGUAACCCUAUUAUACAGGCUAGCCUGGUUUACACAAUCUGUUGAAACUAAAUUAAAACAGGUUAAAUCAUUAUUAACUGUUUUAAGAAUGCUGCCCUCCUCAUUAGAUUUGUCUUUCUAACUUUUUUACUUCGUUUGUUUUUAUUGACUUGUCUCAUUUUCUUUCCUCGCCAUUUACUACCCUGUUUGUACCAGUGUUCUUCCUAACUGUACAUUCUUCUGAAAUCAUUAAAGUCUCCAGCAAAGAAA